AUAUAAAUCCCGUCGAUGGGGGCGUCCAUAACUAGAUCGAUCAAGGCAAGGCAGCGUGCACCUCACCGGCCGCCCCCGAUUCUCCUCUUCUCGUUUGCCACCAACUCUCUCUUCUCUGUCAAAAUGGAUUCUCUCCUCGCCGCCUCGCAGCUCCAUCCCGCACCCUUCUCCCCAGCGCCCUCCUCCGCCCGCCGGUCACCUCCGUCCGUCCUCGUCCGCGGUGCCAGCAGGGGUGGGCGCGCCGCCGUCCGAUGCGCCGCCGUCACGGACUCGAUCCUCUACGCGCUGCAGCAUGACGAGAUGUUCAACUCCGAGGAGGUGAUUCAGUGGGAGAGCGGCAAGUCGAUCAACACCAUCGCCGCCGCGCAGGGCAUCCGCAUCCGCCGCCGCUGCCGCCCCCGCUACCCCUCCGAGGGCUCCGGCGACGACAAGGCCGUACCCCGCAACAUCCUCGAGCAGAUCGUCUGGGACAAGGAGGUCGAAGUGUCCCAGAGGAAGGCCAAGAAGCCUCUGAAGAAAGUGAUGGAGUCCAGCGAGCAUGCGCCGCCUGCGAGGGAUUUUAUAGGCGCUCUCACGGCGGCGUACAGUCGAAACGGCGUGCCCGCCCUCAUCGCCGAGGUUAAGAAGGCGUCGCCCAGCAGGGGCGUGCUCAGGGACAACUUCCAUCCGGUUGAGAUCGCGCAGGCAUACGAGCAGAAUGGCGCGGCUUGCCUCAGCAUCCUCACUGAUGAGAAGCACUUUCAGGGGAGCUUUGAGAACCUCGAGACGAUCCGCAACUCCGGUGUGCAGUGCCCUCUUCUGUGCAAGGAGUUCGUCAUUGAUGUCUGGCAAAUCUAUUACGCUCGAUCAAAAGGUGCCGAUGCAAUUCUGUUGAUUGCUGCUGUGCUGCCCGAUCUUGACAUGAAGUACAUGCUUCGCGUCUGCAGAAGUCUUGGAAUGACAGCUCUUAUUGAGGUUCAUGACGAAAGAGAACUGGAUCGCGUGCUGAAAAUAGAUGGCGUUGAGCUUAUCGGCAUCAACAACCGCAGUCUAGAGACAUUUGAAGUGGAUACUUCAAACACGCGGAUGUUGCUGGAGAAACGUGGUAAUGUCAUGAGGGAGAAGGGGAUACUGGUUGUUGGCGAAUCUGGGCUGUUCACUCCGGAUGAUGUUGCAUAUGUGCAGAGUGCAGGCGUUUCCGCGGUAUUGGUAGGAGAGUCCCUAAUCACGGAAGAAGAUCCUGGGCGAGCCAUCGCUGAGCUGUUCGGGAAAGAGCUCUUGCGCUGAAUGCUUCAAACUGUGUGUCAUGUGGUUAAAUAGUGCAUAUGUAGCGAAGCAUAAAAACGGAUGUGCUUCUCAAUUGAGGCUUAGAUGCACACCAGAUGUAACUAUGAAGAACAGUGUCUUACAGAAAUAAUUCCAUUUUUUUCUUCUUUGGAUGGCUAUGUGAGCGGACACUAGCAAGGUGCCCGUGCGCUGGCACGGAACCACCUUACGUCGUUACGAAACCCAUUGUUUCUGUUGUUUGAUUUUUA